UUUGAAACGCCGGCUACAUUUACGCGCUUUGCUACGAAGUAUUAACAACACUAGGUAUUUGGUGUACCUAUUGCAAAACGUAUAAAUUAGAAUAUAAAAGGAAGAAUGAUUAUAUAACUACCUUUUUUAAAGAAAAAGAAGGAAAUUGAACGCAUAUGGCCGGGCUAGCUAAAAUACUAGAUGAGGUUUCAUCACAAAAAAUCAAAACCAGAAACGACGCCAUUGAAGAACUUCGAGCCUUCAUAAUAUAUUCCAGAAAUAGGAACGAAUUGAAUGGAGAAAAUUGCUUGACAAUACAACGAAUUAUUGAGCGGUUGUUUGAAGUGGAAAGAGAAACCAAUUACCAAAACACCAAAAGGCAAGUAUCUAUUGCUGCAAUUAAUGAAAGGUUCCAAAAAUUGAGUAGCUUGUUUCGACUCUACGUAGAAAGUUUUAUACUGAUCUUUCCGGAGUCUCAAAUACCAACGUUAUUGUCUUUCGUGCGAAACUUUACCUUUACUCCCAAAGACACAAUAUGUGAUCCUGUGUGUUUGGAUUUUGGAAAAUCUUUGCAUCUGUUGUUUUCCCACUCUCCUCAUGUGCAGCAUCUGCAAUUCGUCGAUUGGCAAAAUACGUUACUUUAUUGUCUGAAAUCUGUUGAAGACCUUAGUUUCGUGGAUGAAUCGUAUGUGAGCGAUAGUGAAGAAGAAACUAUAGCUUCGCAAGGCUCAAAAAGUGAAAAAUCUAUUUGGCGAUCUCACGAUGUUAUUCGAAUAAAGCCAGAGAUUGUGGAAUACGUGACUGUAAUAGAAUUAUUAAUAAAUUGGUUUGCGGCACCAAUAUACCUAGUCCAAAAGGAAGUACUCAGCUUUUUUCGAAGUUUCUUUAAAAACUUCAACCAAGAAACAAAUGCUCAUUUACCUGCCUUGAAUACGCUGUUUCGAAUAUGCGUCUAUAUUGUAACUAAUGAUCGAUCUUCCGCAUUGCAAGUAACGGAACUCAUCCUUCAAGUUUUAGAACUAGGUCAGAAAUGGAAAAGACCAGCAUUGAGGAGUUCAUUAUUGCAAUGUCUAGCAGCUUCAUUUCCCAUAUGGUCAGAUUAUACUAUAUGGCAUCUGAAUUCUUCAGAAUCAUUCUUUACUUUUGAGCUGCUGGAGUCUUCUUUUGAUGUUUUUCGUAUAAUGUUGCAGGCCUACGGGGACGUAAGUCAUGUCAACUUGUCAAUAUUUGUUUUCGACGCAAUUCAAAGAAAGCGAAAUUUUGCAUCUUUAUUUCAUCCAGAUUUUCUUCUUUCUUAUGAAAUUUGUGACAACGAUUACUCAGAUUUCUAUUAUAUUUACUUAUUCAUGGCUCAGAUUGUAUGUUUGAUGGAACAUUGUAAUAUCGCACGAUCCUCCUCAAAUUGUUCAAAGAAACUCAAAAACAAUAUUUCGUUUUCAACCCUGUUAUCAAGCCUUAAUUCGCCAGAUGUGGAAGAAUCUAUUUUUUCAGUGCAACUUCUUUCCAUAAUAGUCUCUAUUUCUUCCUCUUUGAAUCAUGAGCAAGUAAAUGACCUUACUAAGAAUUCACUCGUCAUGGUUGAAGCCAAAAGCUCUUCAAACUGUUGGUAUUACUUUCUUUUAAGUAAUGUAUGCUACAAUAUGACUUAUAGUAAAGUUCUAUCUGAACCUGUACUUAUAAGUAUUCUUACUUCGUCGAUCCGGGGCUUAUUGUUUAACGAAACAUCUUCAGUGUGUUAUCAUUUAGCGUCAUAUUUUCAUAUUUUUCAGCCUCUCUCAUUUCCAAAGUUAUUCCCUUACCUUGUGCAGAGUAUGUCGAUGUCAGAAAAUCAUUUUCUGGAUAUCUCUCACGAGGCUUUGAUUUUUUGGAAAACAAUGUAUGUUUUGCUUCAAGAUUAUAACUCCGUCAGGAAAGCACGUUUUUUUCAUUAUUUCCACCUUUGGAUUUUUCAAUAUCUAGACAAAUCAUAUAUUGCUCAAGAUAUUGGUGAUUUUUUGAAGUCUCCAUCUCUCUUUGAUGAGAUUAUGGAUCUAAUAAUUUUUCUAUAUUUUAAAAAAAUAUCAGCAAUUCCUACAGGAUCCAGUGAUGAGCCCGUACGCGAUUACACGCUUCUGUUUUUAGAAGAUGCAUGGGUGUAUUUGAAAUCUCAGGAUCUUGAUUAUGAUGGGUUAAAAUUGGAUAGAUUUUCUAAAGAAAAUCUUCAGAAUACGUGGGAUAAUGUAGAAGAACUAGAAGCAUUGAUCAAAAUGUUAGAACCCAGCCUAAAAUCGAUGUUAGGUGGGUUACAUGGUCAAUCUUCAGGUAAUAUGCAAGAAUUAGAAGGAAAAUUGACUUUCCUUUUCACUUUGUUUUUUAUACAUACAUAUCUUGGUUAUAUGAUGAAUGUAUUCCACCAGAAGAAGGCAGAUACUUCCUGUAUUAAUUUCGAUAACGAUGUUAUCAUAUCUGUAUCUACUUUUAUAAAGGAUUCUAAAGUAUUAGUGGAACCAAUUGCUCUAGUGUUAACUAGUGUUUUGCGAUUCACGAUAUCGUGUUCUGAUAAAUCAAUCCGUCUUGGUGAUAAACUGACGGAUACAAUUCCUUCUGCUUUAUCAAUAUUAUUAGUGGUGAUUUUAAAAAAUUGCUCAGCCUUACAGAGUAGUGAAGCUCAGCAACUCGACGUAGUUGAUGAGGAUUUUUCUGACGAUAUCUCUGUGUACAGGCCCGAAAAUUUUGUUCAACCCUCCGUUACUAUAAGUGAUAUAAAUAGCUUACGAAAAAAAAAGGUUAUAGGCUGUAUUGUGUCUAUACAGAGUAAGUUGGACAGCAUGUCCGGUUAUAACGAAAACGGCCUUCGUAAUAUCAUAUAUUUAUGUGAUCCUCGAAAUUUUUGCUAUCUUUCGCUAUCAUUUUACCAAUACUUUUACGACGUUGCAUGUGUAUCCGAAUCUGUAGCUCUAAAUGCGCUACAAAUAUUCGCCCAAAAAGUCUUGAUGGACUAUUGUUUUGAGCGUGAUGAAUCUUAUUUACUUCAGUUUGUUAAUAUUUUUCGAAUCUUACUAAUCCAUCGAGUACUAUUCGGCCCUUCCGGAAGGAAAUUGGUAUUGAAGAUAAUGAAGUUCAUUCGAAAAGUAAUGCUCGAAAAUAGAUACUCUUCUUCUAGCGGACGGAUUUUUUUAAAUUCUUUUCUAUUGAAAUUUUCUGAGGAUGUUUCUGAAAUUGGUUUGGCUCAUGAUUCGAGAACGACCAUCAAACAAUUAAUCCUUGAUCCUGAACCUAUAGUGGUAUUUCAGCUGAGUUCAGGUAUCUCCGAAUAUCUAAUGAAAGUUAAGAACAAAGAAGUAAAAGAGUCUUUGGAAGAAUUUGUGUGUUCCGUGGUUCCUGAAAAUGAAAGCAGGAAAUUUGCGUUGAUUCAAUUCAUUGUUCUGCUGGUCAAAACUCAGAAUUGCUAUCGUCCAGAGUUAUUACUAAAAGUUUUAAAACUUUCUAAUUCGGAGAAAGGGUCUAGUAUAAUCACAUAUCUUUUAAAAGCAACUGAUGACUAUAGAUUUAGUUUGGAAAAUCUUUUUAGAACUUACAAGUUUGAACUUCUUUGGGUGUUCGUUGAAAAAGACUUACAAUUUACUAAAAAUGACUUCUUUGAAUUUCCGUUUCAAUCACUCUAUCGAAGUGGAUUAGAUUUUAUUAAAGAUAAUAUUGACACGGCAACUCUAAUUCUUCUUUUGACACGAAACCAAAGACUAGCCCAGCUAUUGUGCUCCAGAAUUUCUGUUUCCUUUACAGACAUUAAAGAAAGACUUGUUCCAAAGCUAAAAGUUGCAAAUACCCUCACAAAUAUAGGAGUCUCGAACGAAGGUUUGCAUCGAAACUUGACUAUACAUUGUGGGUCUGAUUUCAAAAAUGUAGUUGAUUGCAUAUUAUUUCCUCUUUCCUUUAUUAAAGACUAUAGUGGGAUUAGAAAAAAUUUGAAGGAAGCUUUCUCUUCUGUUUUCGUUGUUUAUGAGCAAUUAUUUAUUUUCGAAGAAGAAUCUUUGGAACUUGAAUAUACUGAAUCUUUCUCGUUCCCAUCAGUUAAUGUUAUAAAUUAUCUUAAUUAUAUUAGCAGUACGAUCGGAUCGUCUGCUUAUGUGUAUUCUCUGAUGUGCAUGAUAAUAAGAAAAAUUGGUUUGCGGAUAUACUGGGAACCAGACGAUUUUCUUCUGAAGCGUUGCAUUUACCAGCUUUGCUUAUUUUUGUCCUUCUUUGAUAAGUUUGCAAAACCGAACUAUGUUAUAAUGAUAAUAGUAAGUUUGGCUAAAGAACUUAUUCAAAUACCUUCAUUGGCAUCCCUUGGCAUAGGGAUUCUGAGAUACUAUUUAAAACGCUUUAAUAUUGAAAACACAUUUGAUUCUGUAUACCUCGUCAACGUUUGCACGGAGAUAUUAGGUUUAUGUCAUAAUUCUACUAAUUUAACGAAAGAUACACUAAGCUUCUUCUAUGGUUGGUUCAGUGGUUUUUUGAAUAAUAUAACUUCUUCUCUUGAUGUUGAAAAUGGAUUUGGCUUUUUGCGUUGCUACGCAAAUUAUGUUCAGGCUUUACCGGUUGAUUGGAAUAACUGGACUCCCAUACUAGAAUCAUUAUUUUUAGGUACAACUGUUUUACCAAUUUUACUCAAAGAAAGUAAUACCUCCUUAUAUUUCUGGCAAUCGCUCUACUCUUGUCCCCUGCAUGCCUUUGGAAAAGCGCUACCUGAAAUAUGUAAGUAUUAUGAAUUAUGUGAUACAUCUAAAUUUCCUAAAUAUUUAAAGACUUACUAUUCGAAUUUAAUGGGAGCAUCUUUCCUUUCCUUAACCGAUGAGAAAAAUGAAUCGUUAAUGAAUAACCCAAAUAAUGUUAAUCAUGAGAAUAUAACGUUCACUAAUAUGAGAAAAGACGUCUUUAAGCAUAUUCUGAAAGAGGUUGCUUUGCUCUUAUUUUCAUAUAAUUUCUUUUAUGGAUCCUUUAUUGAAGGCUGUAUCAGGCUUUUUUUACAUGAGGACGUUGAUCAUGAAUAUGAGAGUUGUUUGCCUUUCGGUUGCAGUUCAAUUCUAUAUGAGACUUACAGCACAUUCGAAUUUGAAAUACCUUCAAAUAAUUCCAGCCUAACUAACUCUAAAAACGAUCGGCUCUAUUUAUGGGUAAACACAGCCGUUGCUGAAUUACUGGCUCAACUAGAUAAGACAAAUGAAGUUCGUGCUCUCUUUUUAUUGAAUACAAAAGUAAAGGGGAUUUCUCUUCAUUUUUUCCAUCAUAUAGUGCAUAUGGUACUGCUUGAUCAUGAGUUUCAUGGUCGAAAUAAAGCAGCUUUUGAGUAUAUAACGUCUUUGAUUUCCGAAGGUAUAAAACAAUCAAGGGAGAAUUCUAUACGGGAAUUAUGUAUGAAAGUUAUUUUGUAUCUUCGAAAACAGCCAAAAAUUCGUGAAAAUACACCUUUUACAAGGAAUUUUUGGCUUAAGAUUGAUUAUUCUCUUGCAUCUGAGGCGGCAUAUCAGAGCGGUCUCUAUGAGCAGAGUCUGCUGUUUUUGAAUUUACAUGAAACGGAAACCUCAGAAUACGAUAAGAGUCAUCUUUCCAAUGUCUUAACAGGCUUGGACUGGUUAGACGUCUAUUAUGGGAUACAUCGAGAGACCAACUUUCGUAAUAUAUUAAUGAAAGCUGUUCAUGAGAAAAAGAAUUUUUUAGCUAUAUCUUACCUCGAUGCCAUGGAUUUUAUCGGUUCACAAUCAAUUCCUAAUAGGAAAAUGACUAUGUCUAAUAUUUUGAUGAACGGUGGGUUUUACAGUUUAAAUGAAAGCUAUGUCGAUCGUUUAAAAAGCCAGAGCUCAAUUGAUGAAUGUAAUAACGAAAUUUAUGCUUCUGCUUGGAGGAUGCAGAAAUGGGAUUUACCUCCUGUGGGUGAUACAACAGAGUUUGAUGGAAGAGUCUAUGGAUUAUUGCAAAUUGCAUACGAUUCAGAUUCAAAAGAAGUUGAGCAGCGGACUGAUGAUUUGAUAUGUCGUUUCUUAAAUGUUAAACAUCAGUCCGGUGAAAAAGAAACUUUAUUCUUUCAUUCUCUGAUUUCUAGAUUUACUUCUUUUUUUUUUAGAGAAGGAUGGAACAUAAACGAGGAUCUCUACGAUAGAUUAAUUAACGAAAAGAUGUUGGUACUGGAACGUUAUGACUAUAUCGAACCUUUACUAAGUUUCCAAAAUGUCGCUUUCUCUUUACUAGAGCACCGGGCAGAAUGUUUAGGUGAACAUAAUCUGAAUGAAAUUCGAAAGAAGCAUAUUUUUUCUCUGUUAAGAAACGGAGAAGUAUAUCUUCUUACCGGGAAAUUACAGUUAGCUUUGUCCACAGCAAUGUCUAGUGAAUCGUUAUACAGUGAGUAUUUUGCAGACGAUAAGGAUAUCCGCCGAAAGGUUGAUUUUUUGACAUCAAGAAUAUUAUGGGAAAAAAAGGAAACUUCGGAUGCCAUUUGCUUGCUAAAACAAUCUUUGGACAGUACUGAAUGUUCUACUCCAAUUUCAUCUCUAUGCCAUGCUUAUCUUGGAAAAUGGCUUUUUGUGACCAAGUCGGAAAAGACAGAGUUUAUCUUAGAAAACUGUUUUGAAAAGGCCCUUGCGUAUAUAUCGAAUUUAGAUGAUACUACAUGUUCAAAAAUUCAUUACAUGUUUGCUUCAUUUUGUGACGCUAAUUAUUCUAGUCCUGAACUUCAUGAAGAAUUUAAGAGAGCUGAGAGGCUUUAUCUCGAGAAGAAGGAUGACAUUUUGCAGUUGGAGGAUUCCUUGAAGUUAUGUAAACAAGAAAAAGAAAAGAAGGUUUUAAAACAUCAUUAUUCAAGAGAAAUGGCAGCACUCCUUUCCGAUCAGCGAGAGUACCAGGCACUUUGUAUUUCAAAAGAUAUGAUGCUGAAAAAGGGUAUCAUUCAUUAUUUAAAGAGUUUGUGUAAUAGCGAUGAAAAUGAUGUUGCGAUAUCUAGAUUCUGUAUCAUGUGGCUUUCUAAUUCCGGUUCAGAAACACUAAAUGCUGAAAUUGAGAACUAUAUUUUAGAUACACCUCGUAAGAAGUUUAUCCCAGUUUAUUAUCAACUGGCUGCGAGGCUUCUCAAUGAUGGCAGCAAAUUUCAGAAUUUACUAGGACGGAUAUGUUUUGAUGUUGCCCAAUUGCAUCCGUAUCAUUCGCUGCACGUGCUUUAUUCCUUAAUUUCUAGUCCAUCUGAAGUGGAGGUAAAAAAUGUUGAGUCACGUUUCACGGCGGUUCAAAACAUCAUGAGGACUUUACAAAGUUCUGGUGAAUCUAAAUCACUAAUACGCAAGCUCUUGAGGGUUUUCAUCAACUACGUUACUCUAGCUGAGUGGAACCCUCGAAGCAAACUUGUUAGUACACAAUUUAGCCGUUCUCCUUGUGCUACGUGGUUUUUGAAUGAUUUUCCGCAACUGGAUUUAGCACCAUUAACUUCACAUUUGGAAAUUAGUGACAUUGCGGACUAUUCUGCUGUGCCUACAGUUAUUUCUUUUUCUAACAGCAUCGGAUUUGCUUCUGGUAUUAAUGUUCCCAAGAUUGUGAAAUGCACUAGCUCUGAUGGGAAAAUACAUAAACAACUAGUGAAAGGUGGAAAUGACGAUUUACGACAAGAUGCAGUAAUGGAACAAGUAUUCGAGCAAGUAAAUGGUUUUUUGAAAAAUUACAGAUCAACAAUGCAAAGGAAAUUAAGUAUGAGAACCUACAAAGUGAUACCUUUAGCACUAAAAACAGGUGUUAUUGAAUGGGUAUUAAAUACGGUUCCAUUGGCAGACUAUUUGGAUCCUGCUCACAAGCUCUAUUAUCCUAAAGAUUGGUCAUUGAAUGUCUGUCGAAAGCUGAUAGCGGAAAAACAAAUGGAAGAUACGACCACUCGUUUGAAGGUUUUCGACCUAGUCUGUAGGCACUAUCAUCCGGUAUUCCGCCAUUUUUUCUUUGAAAAAUAUCCGGAUCCAAUGGUUUGGUUUGAAACUCAGACGAACUAUUCAAGGAGCACCGCUGUUGCAUCCGUUCUGGGAUACGUUUUGGGACUUGGAGAUCGACAUGCCAAUAACAUAUUGGUAGAUGUAACAUCAGGUCAGGUUGUACAUAUUGAUCUUGGCAUUACAUUUGAGCAAGGGAAAAAAUUACCUGUACCGGAAUGUGUUCCAUUUCGAUUGACUCGAGAUGUUGUAGAUGGCAUGGGUAUAACAGGCGUAGAAGGUGUAUUUCGUCGUUCCAUGGAGUUUACUCUCAAAACUCUUAGAAAUGAAGUGGAAUCAUUAGUUUCUAUAUUAGAGGUACUACGAUACGAUCCCUUGUUUUCGUGGUUGAUGUCUCCUGUACGAAGGAUGCGGAAGCAAAAGUUGCAAACUGAAAGUUUAGAGAAUGAAGAGGACAUGGAAGAAAGUACUUCCUCCAUGUACAAGGAUUCCAAAGGAAAACGCAUAACUCAAUCUGUAGAAAGUGAAGCUGAAAGGGCACUGUUAGUGGUAAAGAAAAAGUUAUCCAACACUUUGUCAAUAGAAGCUUCGGUUGGAGAAUUGAUCCGAAUUGCUGGCGAUCCAGGUCAGUUGUCUCUCAUGUUUUGCGGAUGGUCUGCAUUCCAAUGAUAAAGCUCAAAGAACGAUGAAUUGGGUUGGAUGGUUUUUUUUUUAUGAAUUUUAUGAUACGUGUAAAAUUACAAUAACAAAUAAUGUUGAUGACUUGGUAUUAUUCUUACGAAAC